GUCGGCAAGGCUGGCGGCUGGCGCCAGCACGUGGACUCGCGGAGAUAGUGGUCUGCUUGGUUUCCUACCAGUACGAGGGGAUUGUGAACCGACAAGUGCGAGCAAGGCCGUCACGAAAAGCAUGUUAUAGUGUAGUUGCAUUAUAGGCAUUGUACUAGUACUGGAAAUACUGCUGUUAGUGAAACUGAACAACGCGAUACAAUGGCUGAAGGAGCUGCUCUGCGUGUUCAAACUGCCGUAGACGACAUGGUCAAGGAUCUCGACAACUCUUGUCUCCGCAAAAUAUUGGGCAAUGUGCACAGGUGUGCAGUUAAGUGUUGUGACAAUUCCAGCUUGUCUAUGGAUGGCGCUCGCACGUGCAUCAUGAACUGCUCUGAACCUCUUAACAAAGCCCAGAGUAAAGUCGAAGGUGAACUUGGAAACUUUCAGGAACGCAUACGAAUGUGUGUUAUGCAGUGCGAGAAUGACGUGCGGGACCAGAUGGGCUCAACGCCAACAGAAGCAGAAGCUUCCAAGUUAAAAGGCCAAUAUGACUCUUGUGUUGUGAAGUGUGCAGACAAACAUAUUGCUCUUUUGCCACAGAUGCAGCGAAGAAUGAAAGAGUCGUUAAGUCAACUUUAGAGGCUAGUGUACACUUGUGUCAAUUGUUUGUACUGACUCUUGUGUUUCUAGAAUGAGUUAAUAUCAAUUAACAUGCCAUGUAGCUGUGCUUGUUACUUUCUGCCAUAAAUGCUUGAUGAAAAGACAAUAAUA